CGAUAGUAUCGCCAAAACACAUAUUUUUCGUGCAGCUCUAAAAAUGGAACCCCAAGUAACGAUCCACAGAUAUUACAGCCGGCAAGCCAAGUAUGAGGGAGCCGUGGACGCCGAUUUGGAGCUGUGCAUCAAGCACUGUGGCGGCGAUGUGGUGCGCAUCGAGUUGGUGAACCGACAGCAUGGAAUCCAGCUGCAGCGCAAGUUGCGCCGGCUGCUGCUGCUCCUCUUCCUGGCCAUCGCUUACUUUGUCGGAGUCUGCGGAUUGAAGGACAGAAAGUUUGGCAUCCUGCAGCCCAGAAUCCUGUACCCACUGGUUACUUGUGUUUCCGUGGCCAUCCUGAUGCUCCGUUCCACCCUGAAUUUGGUGCAGGCGGAGCGGCUGUUCUACAGCUGGGACAUGGCGCUGCAGACGGAGACGGUGCGGUCCUUCGGCAGGGAGUCCGUCCUCUGCGUCCAGCGAGGACACAUCCAGGACAUAGUGCUAAACGAAGUCAUUGAAGAUUUGGACGUGAAGUAUAUGCUGAUAUUACGAACGAAAGGGAGCCAGUUCAAAAAGCGGCCCAUUGUACCCCUUUUCAAUAGCCAAUCGCCAUCCUUCGAGUGCCUGCAGCACGCAUAUCGCGUCCUGCAUGGAUAUUGGCUGAACAGCACCACGGAUCGAUCGGAGCAGUCCUACAGCAAGGACAAGCAGUCCAUGGUAAAGUCGUAGUCCUUCACCACAUCACUGAACUGUUUGUGAAAGUACCAAAUUAAAUAUAAACACUGCCAAAGCGUAUUAUACAAACA